AUGGUUUAUCCAGACAACUUCCGGGAAACCUCCAUCCGGUCCGUCAGCCCUGAGGAGUCGCUCUCCGAUGCUCAGAACCACUCGCCUGCCUCCGAUGCCGAGUUUCUGGCCAGCGCAACGGCUUCACCCCGGGGGACUCUUCGCGCGAAGCCGCGUGACCGCCGGCGUGAGUUUAGUCCCUUCCACGCCGGACACAAACCCAAUGACGAGGAGCUGCCCGUGCCUGAUUCACGGAGUCUACGGGCCAGGUCGAAAACAACCACCAUGGAGGACCAGAGGGGCGACUUGCCACCCAGCUCGUUCCUAGGACGGACCAGGAUGAGACUCGGCUCCUUGACCACCGCUGCCACCGCCAACGUAGCAGCCUCUGCCUCCCCACAGAGCCCCAGGCCGCCGCUCCACGAAGAUUCCAUCUCCUCCAUCGGCUUUCCCUCCAUCAUCCAGACUCCGGGGCAGCGCCCGCGCUUCGUCAAGUCACAGUCGACCCUCUCCCCGGGACUGCCGUCGUCCAAUGCCUCCAGUCCCGGGCCAUAUGUAUCUCAUCACGUCCUCAACCCGGAUUCGUCCAAGAUACUGGAUCUGAUGAAGUCUACUUGCGGUAGAAUGCACGGAAUUCUCUCCUUUAGGAUCUCGGGAGCUGCCGCCUGGACUUCGGGAUACUGUGCCAUCAACGUUGCCGCAGGGAGUCUCAUCUACCAGGCCAAAGGUGAACCGAGCCUGGCAAAGACCCUCAUCCCAGAUCUCCGUGGUUGCCGCGUCCGCACUCUCUACUCCGCAGAAACUCAAAGCUCGUACCUAAGCGUUUCAACUCACUCCUCCACCCUUAGCGUACACCUACGUCCCCAUGUGAAGGAAACCUGCGAUUCCUGGCUGGCAGCCCUCCUCUGCUGGCAACCAAUUCGUCCAAAGGGUGUCCAGAAUAAAAUGACUAAGCCCCAGUCAGUCGCCAUAACUGAACGGCGUCUCGCAGACCGCCGGAGAAAUUCAGAAAGCACCUUGCAAAAGGAAGCCACCAUUAUUAAAGUAGGCAAGAUGUUGCUCUGGGAUAGGCAAAGCGCGUCGGGCGUCUGUCCGCCGCCCACCCCGAGGCGGAUAUCGACCUUCAAGCAGCAACGAGCGCUCUCUCAAUAUUGGAGGAAGGUGAAUUGCACGCUGCAAGAGAACGGCCAUAUGAAGAUUGUUACGGAGGCCGGGACAAAUCUUGUAUCUUUCAUACAGCUAUCUCAGCUUUCGCGAUGUGCCAUUCAAAAAUUGGAUGCUUCCGUUUUGCAGGACGAAUUUUGCAUUGCUAUUUAUCCUCAGUAUGCCGUCCAUGCCGGAAGUGACCACUUAACCCGGCCCAUCUAUCUCUCCAUGGAAAGCCGUGUACUCUUCGAGGUCUGGUUUGUCCUGCUCCGUGCGUUUACCAUCCCAGAGCUCUACGGGCCCGAACAGCCUCCCUCGACCGACGAACUCAGUCGUUCCCACCCUCUAGCCAUGUCCCAAGCACUCCCAGCCACGACAACAGAUAUGUUCCGAAUCGAGCGCCUUCUUAAUGUCCGUGUAAUUGAAGCGAAGAUAUUCUCGCACGCAAGGGCUGAGCAAUCCGAAAAGAGCAAAAAGUCCUCUAAACAACAGGGCCAUGCUCAAACCGCCGGGGAUUACUACGCCGAAGUUCUUCUUGAUGGUGAAGUUAGAGGCAAGACCGCCGUGAGGAAUAGCACCUCGGCGCCGUUUUGGCGAGAAGAUUUCACGUUCCAUGACCUCCCACCUGUCCUGUCGAGCGCUACAGUGCUAGUAAAGACUCUCAAUCCUUCACAGAAAGACUGGACUCUUAUUUCUAGAGGGACCUAUACACCCACCGAGGGCGAGCGGGAGCAUGACCCGUUGACGGGCAUAGGAGAUGUAGAAAUAGCAUCCCAAGACACCACGUUCGGCAGAAUAGAUCUCCCCCUGGACAGCUUAGAUCCCGGAAACGGUUCUGAGAAAUGGUGGCACAUCCUCGACGAUAACGACCAGCCUGUCGGCGAGAUGCUGAUGCGCGUCCAACUCGACGAAACGGUUGUCCUCAUGUCCCAGGAAUACAAGGUCAUGUCCGAACUCCUACAUUCUUUUCCCAACGGCCUUACAGUCCAUCUCGCUGAGCUCGCACCCCAAGAGCUCCGCCAACUCUCCGAAAUCUUCCUCGACAUCUUCCAAGUCUCCGGCCAAGCAAGCGAAUGGGUUACCGCGCUUGUCGAAGACGAAAUCGACGGCCUCCACCGCGAAACAUCCGCCAGUCGCCUCCGUUAUACCAGCCGCAUUCAUUCAAACGACUCCUACGAAUCCGGACAAGAGCGCGAAGUCCUUGUCCGUGACCUGGGCCGCUCUGCAACCGUCGAAGCCAACCUGCUCUUUCGUGGGAACUCCCUCCUGACCAAGUCCCUAGACAUGCAUAUGCGUCGUCUUGGAAAGGAAUACCUUGAAGAAACUAUUGGCUCAAGUAUAAGAGACAUUGACGAGAGCGAUCCAGACUGUGAAAUCGAUCCGAACCGCGUCAGCAGACAGGAAGAUCUAGAGCGUAAUUGGCGCAAUUUGAUCAUCCUGACAAGUAAUAUGUGGCAGUCGAUUGCCGGGUCGGCGUCGCGGUGUCCACCAGAGCUCAGGUAUAUAUUUCGACACAUCAGAGCGUGUGCUGAGGAUCGGUAUGGCGAUUUCUUGCGCUCUGUUACAUACAGCAGUGUUUCUGGAUUUUUGUUCUUGCGGUUCUUUUGCCCGGCGAUCCUAAAUCCAAAGCUAUUUGGUCUUUUAAAAGAACAUCCACGAGCUCGUGCUCAACGAACUUUGACAUUGGUCGCCAAAGGACUCCAGGGACUUGCAAAUUUAACAACAUUCGGCAAUAAGGAGCCGUUCAUGGAGCCCAUGAACAAGUUCCUUAUGUCUCAUCGGAAUGAGUUCAAAGAUUUCAUCGAUUCAAUAUGCGCAAUACCUGCCGAACGCCCACCUCAGAUCGUUAACCCCUCAUUCGCAACCCCUAUUCAAAUCCUCGGCCGUUUACCUCCCACAUCUCGAGAAGGGUUCCCAAGCUUACCAUUCCUCAUCGAUAAUGCGAGGAGUUUUGCAUGCUUGGCUCGUGUAUGGCUACAGGCUGCACCAAGUGGACUUACAGAAAUACCUGAUAUGGAUGUGAACAUCCUCAAGUUUCACUCGCUAUGCAUCGAGUUAGAGAAUCGAACCAAAGAGUCGCUGAACAAGGCGGAGCAAGCAGAACAACCUAGCGGCAACCUAGAGGUGAAAUGGGAGGAGCUUGUCGAACAAAUUGAAAAGUCUGGUACCUUCUACGAGGAAAGCUCAAGCAAGGCCAAUACACCGAGUAAAGAGUCCACGAUAACCAGCGUCAGCUCCACCACGGCAGGCAACAAUCGAAACUCGAUCGGUUACUUUCCGCGCACGCCAUACCUGAAAUCCACGGAGGCUAGCAUUAGUGACGAUGCCGACGACGAUACCCCUUCUAGCGCCACAUCUGCCCCCUGGGAGCAGAACCGCCCAACUUUCACGCAGCCUAAAUACUACGCUGACUCCCGAAAAAGCACAGAAAGUCUACAUAACUCUUCCACCGUUUCGUUAACCCAGUCAGAGACGCCUAAGAACCGACAGUCAGGCAUGUCUCGCGACUCCGGGAAGUAUCGUCUUUUUGAGUUCGUUGACAGAACCAGACGGAAAGGAAAGGAGAGGGAAUCAGCGCAGCCACCGCCAGACGUGGGUCCGCGAAAUGAAUUUAUAUGA